AUGGUUGUGGGCUUGGCUCUAAGGACGUUACGUCGCUCUUCACAAUUUGCUGGCGUUAGGGAUCAUGUAAAAUAUGUACCACGUCGUGCGUUACUCUAUGUCCCUGCCAGUAAUCAGAAGAUGCUUGAUAAAGUACCAAACAUUAAAGCUGAUUGUGUUGUGCUGGAACUUGAAGAUGGCGUAGCAAUGACGUCCAAAGAAAUUGCCCGUCGACAAGCCACACAGGCACUGGACAAACUAAGUGGACAGCGGCUAAGUUGUUUCGAGCUGGGUUUGCGAGUGAAUUCUGUUGCAAGUGGCUUGUUGGAAGACGAUGAGGUAUGCAAAGCUGAGCACCUGCCCCAGGCGUUUAUGGUCCCAAAAGUAGACACUCCAGAAGAUGUGGCGACGAUUUUUGAUGUCUUCAGAACGCAUUACACUCCAAAGCGAGUGACGGAUACUAAUACUCGUCUUGUAAUAUGGAUUGAAUCAGCACGUGCUUUACUCGAUAUGCCACGAAUUCUGUCCUCAACGUUGAAUCUUCAUAAGAAUUCGGGUUUCUUCAAAUUGGAUGCCGUUGUUUUCGGAUCCGACGACUACUGUGCUGAUAUUGGUGCUACGCGUACAUCAGAAGGCGGUGAAGUUCUCUAUGCCCGGCAACGAUUCGUGGCUUGUUGUAAGGCAUUUCAACUACAGGCGAUUGACAGCGUCUACAUCGAUAUCAAAAACCUCGAUGGUCUAAAGAAGCAGAGCAACGAAGGCCAUUCAUGGGGAUUUACCGGAAAGCAAACUAUACAUCCAUCCCAGGUGCCAGUGGUCCAAGAAGCGUUUAUGCCGUCAGCUGAAAAGGUAGAAUGGGCUACUGAGUUGGUCCACGCCUUCAGUCAACACCAAGCAGAAGGGAAAGGAGCGUUCCAAUUUCGAGGCCAGAUGAUAGACCGACCGCUGCUGUUGCAAGCGCUCAACAUAAUACAAUUAGUGGAAAGUGUAGGAGGCUUAAAGUUUGGAUAA